GUCAUUAGCUUGACUGGCAGGUCUCUUCCCUCCCCCGCCCUCAUUGGAAGUAAAUUUGAUUCCAGCGGGCAGAUAAAAAAAAUUCCCCAAAUACAAAUCCUGUGUUUACUGGUAGAUAUAGACUGGCACAUUGCUGCGUAUAUUCGCACAGGAGAGGCGUAUUCCUUUCGGAAUACCCCCAUUGCAUUGGCGCAUCUUGCGGUGUAACGCGCUGUAUCGAGGAUCGAUUAGUGAAAGGGGUACGGGUGAAAGCGGGGGCUGUAGCAGGCAUGGUUUUGGAGCCUGCUGAGUUCUGACAUGGCGGAACAGAGACACGAUACACUGGGGCUUCUAGACGGGGAGUACGCGAGAGAUCAUAGCAUUGAGGACCGUGUAAGUGUGAGACGCGCCUGUAAUGAGAACGGCUGCAAUCGAUUUACAUCAGAGGGUUUUUGCUUACCGUGAGGUCUUGUGCAUCUGUUACCCCCUUGCUGACGCUGUUUCCCAGGAGCUAGAGGCCAUCAAAGCCCGGGUGCUGGAGAUGGAAGAGGAGGCCGAGAAACUGAGGGAGGUGCAGUACGACUCGGAGCAGCAGCUCAUCUGUAGCCCCCAGGCGGGGCUGUUCUACACAAUGACACAUGAGGAGAGAAUAGAUGCUGACAACAGAUCCGUCUAUGUGGGCAAUGUGGACUACGGAGCAACUGCUGACGAGCUAGAAAUCCACUUCAAUGGCUGCGGCCCUGUGAACCGCGUGACGAUCCUGUGUGACAAGUUCACUGGCCAUCCGAAAGGUUUUGCGUAUAUUGAGUUUUCGGACAGAGACUCUGUGAGGACAGCAAUGACACUUGACGAGACACUCUUCAGGGGCAGAGUCAUUAAGGUGCUGCCCAAGAGGACGAACAUGCCAGGCAUCAGCACCACCGAUAGGGGGAGCCACCGAGGGGGUCGAUCCCGGGGGCGGGGCUUCCGCGCGUCCAGGUUCAACGGCUUCCGGGGCAGGUACCGCUGCCGAUCGACCAGGUCGGCCCUUCCGCGCCCCUACGCCCCCCUGCCGGGAAAGAGACCCUGGGGGGCCACAGAGCACCGAGACCAGGGCGCCAAAAGGCACUCCUGCCUCCUGCUCAUAACCCCGCCCACUGACGACUCCGGGCCCGGUCCCAGCCGAAAUCAGCACCCGUAGCACCGUCCGACCGCCACCCCCCUCUCCCCAACCUCAGAGAUGAGGAGUUUUGGAUGUGUAAGUGUUUUAUUUGUACGUUGAAAAUAAAGGUGUGAGCUCGAAAACAGCCAACUGCUUUUGUAACACAUCGUCCGUUCAGUCAGAGACUUUGUAGACCACGGCUUGAAAGCAAUGUCUGGAUUUGAGGAGCUGAAGAUUGUUUACUGUAUAUUGUUCAUGGAGACAUUGCUCAAAUGUAAACAAGGGGCCAGUAAGCAUGCAGGUGUGGUGGUUACAGUUUAAACUACAUCUCCUGCAUCACAGAUUAAAAAUGUAUCUUGGACUUCUUGAAGCCUUGUGCCUAUCUGUAUAACAUGACUUGUCAAAUUUACCCGCACUGACUACGAAGAUGUCUGCUUUUGAUAAGUGAUAACGAAUCAGGCAAUUGCCUUGUGACAUUAUUGCAACAUUCUUUUUGUUUUUUUUUUUUGUGGGAAACUAAAAUCCAUCCUCCCGAAAUGUAAUUUUUCAACCCCUUAUUUUUAGGGAGGGUGGAAGUGUUCAAUAUUUGUUCUGCCAUAACUAAAACUUAAUAAAUUGUGGGUGUGAAAGUAACAUAACUAAGAUGUUUUUAAUGUGUGCCACAAUCUCCCAAGUCCUUGUGCGUAUCUGUACACACAGCGUUGCACUAUUGAGGGGAAAAAAAGAAGCAAGUUUAGUAAAAAUGUAUUUCUCAAUGGACUUUCUGUGUUCAAGUUUCACAUAUAUUAGGAAAAUUGGUGUGUACACUGUAGUCCUAUAAUGGAGAUUAAACAAGAAGUCAUGAAUGCAGGAAGGCCAUUUACACUGAAGGCCUGUUUUAUGUUUAGUCUGCCCAUUUCUUUUUAGAGACCUCUGCAUCUGGAGGCAGCAAGGAUAAUGGUGCCUUGCUGUUCAAGUGAUCAGUAUUUCAGUUGUUUUGUAAUUGGGCAACUUUGUGGAAAGUGAUGUGUUCUGUGUUCAUAUCACUGUACAUAUUUCAUACAAACUUUCUUUACUGGAAGACAAAUAAAAAAUGUAAAA